UCCUUAUCCUAUCUUCUUCCUUCCUUUCUUUCUUUCUAUUCUAUUCUUACCAGAAGAAGAAAAUGGCUUCCACACUCUCCAUUCUUACCCUCCAUUCCCCAUCUCACCUUUCUUAUUCCCAUUCCUCUCUCUCCACCCAUUCCUUCAAAUCCACCACCCUCCAAUUCCCAUCCCACCUUUCCUCCAUCGCCGUCUCCCACCGCGCCACCCACCUCCGCCCCAUUGCCGCCAUCUCGGCCCCUGAAAAAAUCGAAAAACUCGGCUCCGACAUCUCCAACCUUACCCUCGAAGAGGCUCGGCUUCUAGUCGACUUCCUCCAAGACAAGCUCGGGGUCUCUGCCGCCUCCUUCGCCCCGGCUGCUGUUGUGGCAGCACCCGGAGGCACCGCUGGUGGCGAGGCAGCAGCGGAGGCAGUUGAGGAGAAGACGGAGUUUGAUGUGGUGAUUGAAGACGUGCCUAGCAAUGCUAGAAUUGCAGUGAUUAAGGCAGUGAGGGCAUUGACAAGCUUGGCUUUGAAGGAAGCCAAAGAACUCAUUGAAGGCCUACCUAAGAAGUUCAAGGAAGGGGUUUCCAAAGAAGAGGCUGAAGAUGCCAAGAAACAGCUUGAAGAAGCUGGAGCUAAAAUCGCCAUUGUAUAACGUCCGAAAAAGAGGAGUUAAUUUGUUUUAGAGAAACUUACUCAAUCUUGCGGAUUUUCCCAUAUAUUUUGUUGUUCUGACAUAUGCCCACUUGGAAUCUUGCUUGUUUUUAUGCUGCUAUUCGCCAAAA